CCAGCCUUUCAGAAUGUAUUAUUGUUUAUUAAUGGGAAUAGAAGCAGUGGAUGGAAAGGUCCUGACAAUUUCCCCAGUCACACCAUUGGCGGGUGGGAACAAAACUCCAAACCGCGAGUGCGGAAAGCAGUCCGCCAACACCACCUGUCAUAAAGGAUCAACUAAAUCUCCCAUCCCACUAUCGCCGUGUUUUCCAGUGUGAAAUACUCUUUUCUCCGGAAGAGCUUUUUGAUGGCAUCAACCCCAUAAUUCACUCUAUCUCCUCCAACUCUAAACCAGCAAACCUCCACCGCCACGAAAGACCACCAUGUCAGAAGUCCGGCAACGUCAGAAACCCAGCAAAUCCAGCCCCAGCAAAGCUGGAAGCAGCAGCAAGACCACCAAGAAGUCCUCCAGCAGCAAUGCCCGCGGAAUCAGCAUCCUCGACAUUAUCCGCGUGCUGGCCACGCUGGUGAUCGCCUCCUGCGGCCUCUCCUACUAUAUGACCUCCUCAGAGUCCCUACUCUGGGGCUACCGACCAUGGUUUACACGACUCCCUGUGCUUAUGCGCUUUCUGCAAGGUCCCCUAACCCUCACCCCCGCUGAACUCUCCCUCUACAACGGCACGGACCCCACCCUCCCCCUCUAUCUCAGCAUCAACGGCACGAUCUUCGACGUCAGCGCGAAUCCGCUCGUCUACGGCCCCGGCGGCCACUACAACUUCUUCUGCGGACGGGACGCCACCCGCGCCUUCGUCACGGGGUGCUUCCAGGAUGACCUCACCUCGGACAUGACGGGGGUGGAGGAGAUGUUCAUGCCGAUCGACGAGCCCGAGGAAGUGGAGGCACUGUCGUCGGGGGAGCGCAAGAAGCGGCACGAGCAGGACUUGCGGUACGCGCGGAGCCGCAUUGAGCGCGCCGUCGCGCACUGGCAGAAUUUCUUCGCGUCGCAUAAGAAGUACUUUGCGGUGGGAAAGGUGGUGGGGUUGGACACCCAGGAAGGAGGGGAGAAGAGGGAGUUGUGUAAGGCUGCGCGGCAGCAGCGGCCGACCAGGAAGCAAGUGCUUGAGGCUAGGGCUAAGGAGGCGGGAAAGAAGUAGUAGUUCUUUUGGCGGUUCUAUAUGGUGUUUAGAUAUCUAUGUAGUGGGUUAUGUCUUUCUCGAAAGAGAUCUGAUAUGGUACUGCGUCAUUUACGUUAUGCUGCAGACAAUGUCGAGCAGCGAUUGAUAAGAGCGAACAUAUCCUACGAAUCAAUCCAGAAUCAUACGAAG